GUGAGAAAGAGAGAGAGAGAGACUCCCCGGCUCCCUCCCUCCCUCGCACACAGCGACUGGAGACGGACGGGGAGCAACGCGCUGGGAAGAGCAGAGACCACCGACAACAGCCCCGCGCUCUCCCACACACGCUCACACUCGGCGCUUUCCUCUCCACCCCCACCUCCUCCUCCUUCCACCCCCUCCACUAACACCAUCUCCUCCUCCUCUCUGCAACAAGAAAAAAAAAGCCAUUUACAGGGGGUGAUGUGCAACUAAUUAAAGGCAGACUGGCAGCGUCUGCAAAUUCUAAGGCUCCCCAAAUAAAAAGACUGUUGUAACAGUUGGAGGAUAAUGCAAAGGAAGACGCUGCCUGGGAUUUCACCGUCUGUGGACAUGCGCCCCAGAGAGGACUAGAACAGCUCUCACCUUGCUAUCCCCACCCGGAUCCCCCCCUUUCCUGCCGGCCCGGCCCUUACCCCGACCCCACCAUCACUCGCUACCCUCCCCCCCACCUCUCCCCCUUUCCCACCCAGGUGUCGGACCAGGCGGUCCCCACUUCCACCCUGCACCCCUUCUUCCCCCCCUGCACCAUGAACACCAAUGUCUGCGUGGAGCCGGGGCCGAGCCCGGAGGCCCCGGGCUUGCCCAAGGAAAGCCACCUGCCUGAGGGGGCCCUGAACAGCCUUGUGGAUUACAACUCGGAGAUGGAGCGCUACCGUUCCUUUGCCACCUCCUUCUACAAGACCAACGGGGGCGCCUUCCCGCAGGCAGCCAAGAUUGCGCGCAUCACCACCCCCAUCUUCCCCAGCAGCGCCGCCGCCGCCGCGGCCGCCGCGCGCAUAGGCAUGUCCCCGUGGAACUGCGACAACGCGGCCACCGCCGCCGCCACCGCGAUGCUCUGGGGCAGCGGGGGCGGCGGCGGGGGCGGUGGGGGCGGGGGUGGGGGCGGCGGGGCCGGCAGAAAAUCCUCCUCGGCCGCCGCCUCCUCCUCCGCCUCCUCUUCGGCAAUCCUCCCCGCCGCCGGCGGUGGCGGUGGCGGCGGUGGCAGCAGCGGCGGCGGUGGAGGCGGCGGCGGCGGCGGCGGCAGGACCAGCAUGCACCACCGGAACGACUCCCAGCGGCUGGGGAAGGCUGGCUGUCCGCCAGAGCCGUCGUUGCAAAUGGCAAAUACUAAUUUCCUCUCCACCUUAUCCCCUGAACACUGCAGACCUUUGGCGGGGGAAUGCAUGAACAAGCUCAAAUGCGGCGCUGCUGAAGCAGAGAUAAUGAAUCUCCCCGAGCGGGUGGGGACUUUUUCCGCUAUCCCGGCUUUAGGGGGCAUCUCAUUACCUCCAGGGGUCAUCGUCAUGACAGCCCUUCACUCCCCCGCAGCAGCCUCAGCAGCCGUCACAGACAGUGCGUUUCAAAUUGCCAAUCUGGCAGACUGCCCGCAGAAUCAUUCCUCCUCCUCCUCGUCCUCCUCGGGGGGAGCUGGCGGAGCCAACCCGGCCAAGAAGAAGAGGAAAAGGUGUGGGGUCUGCGUGCCCUGCAAGAGGCUCAUCAACUGUGGCGUCUGCAGCAGUUGCAGGAAUCGCAAAACGGGACACCAGAUCUGCAAAUUUAGAAAAUGUGAAGAGCUAAAGAAAAAACCUGGCACUUCGCUAGAGAGAACGCCUGUUCCCAGCGCUGAAGCAUUCCGAUGGUUCUUUUAAAGCAGUAGUAUAUCUUAUGUUCAAGGCAUUUGGAAACGAAGGGCAAACUAAUGUCUUGUUUUAAGAAACCGCUUAGUCCACCAUUGAAGAAAAUAUCCAGAAAUUAUUUUCAUUUAUGUAUAGGGAUUUCUUCAAAAAAUACAAGAGGAAAAGAAAAGAAAAA